CAAAAACCUCGCAAGGAUAAAUACCCUGCUCACGCCUCUCGUCUGAUAAUAGUAACAACAUUUUCCAUACCUACGCGCCAAUGGCGUCCUCGUCCAUGAUCACCUUCGCAGCCGCCUUGUGCCUUGUGGCCGCUUCCGCCGUCGCCGUGCCGCCGGCCACCCUCCAGGAGACGUGCCAGAGCGCCGGCGAGCAGGAGGCGCUGUGCGUGCAGCUGCUGUCGUCGAGCCCGGCGGCCCAGAAGAUGCCGGUGGACACGCCCGGGCUCGCCCAGGCGGCCGUGAUGGCGGCGGGGUCGAACGCGACGGAGACGGCGGCGCACCUGCAACGGCUCUUCGACUCCGAAGACCUCAAGAACAUGAGCCCGGAGCUCCAGCGCUGCGUCGAGGACUGCGCCGAGAGGUAGUACCCUUACCAAAGAUGAAGAGCUAGCCAUUACUAAUCCAAGGUAGUAAUCUCUGCAUGCGACGUGUUUGCUCUGGCCGUUGGCAGGUACCAGUCGGCCGCGAAGUUCCUGGGCCAAGCAUCGGAGAAGAUGACCGCGGGCUCCUUCGACGAGGCGAGCGUGCUGAUCGACGGCGCGCAGUCGGUGGUGACGCUGUGCCAGCGGUCGUGCGAGGGGGUGCCGCAGGGGGAGCUCACGGCGUGCACCAAAGGCGUCGACCAACUCUGCACCAUUGCCGCAUCAGUCACUCGGUUGGUCGUUCAGAAGUAAUUAUAACAUCUGGGUUCUGCGAUGUAUACCCACCGACAUCGUUCAGCUGGUCAGUUAUUUGAUACUGACGGCCAGCGGCGGAGGUCCCCGUGGGCCAACAGGGAUCGGUGACCACACCUUUGUUUGCGAUCCUUUCAUGUAUAUAUAUAGCAGAGAAAUUAGUACGUGCUAGCUUUUGUGGAAACUCGAGGUCUGCCUGGCCACACAUGAGCCGGGCUAAGACGACGGUUUUUG